AGCAGAGCCAGCCUCCUCUCCACCACCCCCAGCAGCAGCAGCAGCAGCAGGUGUCAGGGGCGGCGUUCAGCUCGGAGGACCGUGACUCGCUGCUGAUGGAUCUGGGCACCUGGGUCUUCCACGCGGCGGAGAUGGCGGCGCGCAGGCGGGAGGGGCAGCAGCAGCAGCAGCAGCAGCAGGCUUCCGAGGGCGAGGCUGCUGAGCGACACCUGGCUCAGCUGGGUCGGCACCUGCUGCAGUACGCGAGGCUGGCGGGGUGGGCCGCCACCGCAGCCAGCAUAGAGGCGGACCUGGCGGCCAUCGGAGCGGUGGCCCAGCAGCGGCGGCAGCAGCGGCGACAGCAGCGGCGGCAGCAGGCGGGUGAGCCCCACACGGCAGCCGCAAGGCCCGCUGGCGGUGGACGCUCCAGGCUCGCUGCGAGUGAGCCGCUCGGGGGCCAGCCGCAAGCACCGCUUCGCCUCCCAGGCAGUGCCGCCGCUGGAGACAUGCCGCCCACGUCGGCUGCUGCCUCCGCCUCCGCAGCAGGCCGUGGCCCCGCGGCUUCCCCGGCGCAUCCCAGCAAGAGCCGGCGCAGUCCUUCCUCGCGCGGAGCUGAGGGCUGCCCAGCCGGCGCGCGCAGCAGCAGUAGCGGCGGCCGGGGCGGCCUACCUGACAGCAGUGGCGCGGCGGCGGGUGGCUGGGCCCCCUCCAGCCGCCUGCGCUUCCGCAUGCGGUUCUGGGGGCCCAGCAGGGAGCUGGCCUCGCAGCAUGAGGAGGUGGUGGUGGCAGCAGGGGUGCAUGGCGGCGCCCACCUGCGCCUGGCGCCACCACACGCCAGCGGGGGCCACCACCACCACCACCACCGCAGCAACAGCAGCACCACUCCCACCCCCACCAGCACCAGCGGGCCCCCUCAGCCCCCCCAGAACGUGUCCCGGUCUGCUGCGGUGCGGCGCGCGCUGCAGGUGGUGGUGGGGCUGCGGCGGUGCGGCCGCGCGGAGGAGGCGAGCUACCGGGAGUUCGCGGAGCCGCGCAUCACGGCACACGGGCAUGUCAUGACUGUGGUGGACCUGCUGGCGGUGGGCACGCUGCUGCUCAACGCGCGCAACAGCCCCCAGGCGCUGCUCUGCAACCUGGCCACCCUGGUGGCCUGCUGGGUGGGGCUGCUGGAGGCGGCCAUGCGCGCGGCGCUGCCGUACCACCGCUGGCAGGCGGCGCAGCGGCGCACCAACCUGCUGCGCCACCUGACGUACGUGGCGGUGAAGGCGCUGGUGGGGGCGGGCGUGCUGCCGCUGCCGCCGGGGGUGGAGCGCUACGUGGCGGGGCCGGCCAUGCUGGUGCAGGAGGGGCUGGUGCACCCCGCGGCGGCGCUGAUGCCGCCCCGCACUGUGGCACUGCUGGCCAGUCUGCGAGCGCUGGCAAACAUAACCAUGAUACGUCGGGUUUUCCCCAGCAUGGGUCUACUGCGCACCUCGCUGCUGUCUGUCGCCGUCAGCCUGGCAGAGGGCGCCACCACUCUGGCGGGACAUGUCUACCUGCGCACCUGCUACGCACGCUGGGCGGCGGCGAGGAGGAGGAGCAAGGGGGAGGGGCCGGCGGGGGAGGGGCCGGCAGCAGCUGCACCCGCACGCGGUAGCAGCACCAGUGGUGCCGCUGUUGUGCGGUGACGCCGAGAUCUGGACCGGAGAUAGAGACGAGUGUGUUUCCGUUUCCGGGCAGUUGCGUUGUGUGGUGGGCUGCCGCACUGCUCGCUGUAGGGCAGAGCAGGGCGACAUGCAGGGGGGAAGCGGUGGGCCCGCGCGCGGGGGUGCAUGGCCUCCCUCGCACAUUGUGAGGGUGGUCGGGUACUUGACCGGGCUGUGUGCGGCGGCUGUGUGCGGGUUUUCCUGCUGUGUGCGUGAAUAGCAGUGUGUGGCUUGUGCGCCCGCUGCCCUGUUAAAGCCCGCUCGUAAAGCUUGCAUUUAUUUGUUUUCCGAGCACUGCGUGCAUCAAAGCGUUGGAUUGGGCGUAAGCGGCUGUUGUGUGUGAUGGAGCGGGGACACAGCCGCUGGUAGAGUAGGAGAGCCCAUGUUGGGAUCUAGCUACGGUAAUUCGUUUGAUAAUUGAAGCACUGUUGGCACGGCGCUGUGCAGCGGGUGUUGAUGCUGACCCGAGUUCGGAGGUGGGGUUGGUGGCUGCGGCCGCUGAAGCCCCGCAGCAGGGUUGAGUUGCUGCCACUGUUGCCUUGACGUGUGUUGGAUACGUGUUUUUUCGCUGUUGGAUGUGCGUGCUCCUGAUGUUGUUAAGAGGCGGUGUUAGUCAGGCGGUGUUCAAGUUUGGGGUGAUGUCAUGCACCUGCAGCGGCUCUGUUGGGCAGCUUGACUGACGGCCUUUCUUUUUAGUGGUGGAACACUGAAGGGGUGCGGCCUGACAGUUGGCAAGGCCGUAGCCAUCUGCAGGUUGUGUGCUGCUUGAACACAAUGGCGCCUGGAUUCACAAGGACGCCGGUUCAUGCCUCCCGCACAGGCAGGCGGCCACCCUAUGAUGGGUGGAAGUUGCUUGCCUGCUCUCAUGACGUCUCCACAGCGG